CAGCAUCCCCAAGAGCAUUUCAGAGCAUGUGGUGUCAGGAGGCAGCUACAACCGGUGAGUGGAUACCUUUCCCCAGCUGAGGCUUUCCUCCCAUUACACCCCUCUUCCUGUCUACUUCUUACCAACAUGUAACUUCCCUGAGGCAUCCAAGUCAUAACUCUCUCUUCUACAAGGGUCCUUAUGGAGAACCUGUACCCAGAACUGGUGUAUUGGCUGGCCUCUAAGCUGUGUUUCUGUUUGUAUCUGAGUUCUCAGUUCUCUUCUUAAAAGUCAAUAUGAUGGAGCCAGGAGCCUCAUCGCAUACCUGUAAUCCCAGCUACUUGGGAGGAUGAGUCAGGAGAUCACAAAUUCAAAGCCAGCUUGGGCAACUCCGUGAGAUUCUGUCUCAAAAUUUAAAAAUAAAAGUGGGGGAGAUGUAGCUCAGUUGAUAGUGCACUCCUGGAUUCAAUCCUUAGUAUGGCAAAAAAGAGAAAAGAGCCCAUGUGGUGGUUUUGAUGUGACUUGUACAGUUCUUUCUAUUCUUCACUUUUUGGCUUAUGAGAAACAAAAUGAAACCAUCUCCUUACCCUCAUGUUGGGAGAGAAUAGCCUCCUCCUCUAUAGUUUCCAUUCCCUUUCUCUUACUUUCUCAGGCACCAAAGUCUUCUCCAAAACCCUACUCUAUCACUGAGUCAGGAGCCUUCUCUCUAUGGCUCCUGAAUCUGCAUUCUUAACCCACUGGAUGGGAGUCUUUAGUCUCUUCCAGUUCCUCCUCCAAAGAUGUAUUCUAAAAGCUUCAGCCUCAGGGAGAUGAUUGAGGGAUGUCUUUGACCCUCCUGCAGCCAUGACCACUGUCUUGCUGCCCUCUCUGGCUUUCAGGUAUGUCUGGGGAGGACCUACUAGCUUUCUAAGCUCUCCUGUAAAAUUGUGUCUUUGUAUUCCUAAAUCCAGCGUUGACUGUUCUUUGAUGAUCCCUUUGUCUAGAAUGAGGAAAGCUCAGCAGCUUGGAGGUCUUCCUCUGCAGAAGUAUCCAUGAUGACUAUUCUUAAGCCAGAGAUUGCGUCCUAUACUAGUCUUAAACCCACAACUGUUAAUUCUCUGGCUCUCUCUCUUUUUUAAUAUUUAUUUUUUGCUUGUAGUUGGAUACAAUACCUUUAUUAUCUUUUUUUAUGUGGUACUGAGGAUCGAAUCCAGGGCCCUACACACGCUAAGCGAGCACUCUACCACUGAGCCACAAUCCCAGCCCUGGUUCUUACUGUUUAAAACCUGAAUUUGAUCUAAUUUCCAUUCUCUUACCACCACAUUUUCACCACUGGCUCCUGUUAUGACUUUGGGUAAGUUUAGGUCCUCUCUUGGGUUAGCUUAUUUGGUCUAUUCAGAAGAGAGAACUCUGAUCAAAGACCAAAAACUCAUUCUUUCUCCCCUCCCCUCCACAGGCUUGAGAAUAUGCUGUAUCUCCCUCCCCUUUCUGCCAAGGACCCCACAUUGUGGUCUUUCUCUAAGAAUCCCUAAGAUUGGUAUCCAAGGCAAGGCAAAAUGCCCCUCCCCCCAACAAGACUGUUCAGCCCAUAUGGCUCUGAUAGGUUGGUCCAGCUAGCAGCCAGGCUCCGGCCAGCACUAUGUGAUACCAUGAUCACCGUAGGAGACCAGGAGUUUCCUGCACACAGCCUGGUACUAGCAGGUGUGAGCCAGCAGCUGGGCUGCAGGGGCCAGUGGGCUCUGGUAGAAGGCAUCAGCCCUUCCACCUUUGCCCAGCUUUUGAGCUUUGUUUAUGGGGAGAAUGUAGAGCUGCAGCCUGGGGAGCUGAGGCCUCUUGAGGAAGCAGCCAGGGCUUUGGGGGUGCAGGCCCUGGAAGAGGCAUGCAGGAGAGCUCGAAAGGACAAGGCUGAAGAACUGGAUGAAGGGCUGAAGAAACAUCAGGAGGAGCCAGAGAAACCCACAAGGGAUUCAGAAAGAGGACUGUGGGGGCUUGGAGAGAUGCAAAAACCAAAGAAAUUUUUUAGAAUUGGUGGGAGGGAACAGGAGACAUUGCACGGUCACAAACCACCAAUAGAGUACUCUGAGAUGACAAGAGCAAUACCAGAAGGUCAGGGGGAGAUGAGAUCAAAGAAACGCAGCCAAAUCCCUGUUGACUACCAGGAAGCAUAUAGAGAGCAAGGAGUGGUUGUGAGGGUGACAGAGAGAACAGGGGGCUCUGAGGAAAGUCUUCAGGGGUUCCCUAGUCCCCUUCCCCCAGCAGGUUCCCUCCAAACCAGCAUCAUCCCCAAGCCUUGGUGGGCCGAGGCCCCUUGGUUGCGGGAGGACCAGCCUGCCCUGUGGAGCAUCUUGCUGUGGCCGCCCAGAUAUGGCACUCCCUUCUCCCAUAGCACACCCAGCACUGGAACCUGGCAGGAGGUCUGGCCUUGGAACCAGAGGAUCCCUCUGACCCUGAACAGCCCUAAAGGGUUCUGGAGUCAGAAUCAGUUGGCUUCCUCCAGCCCUACCCCAGGUUCCCUCCCCCAGGGCCCUGUGCAGGUCAGCCCUGGGGAGAUGGAAGACUCUGGGCAGGAGCGCACAGGCUCCCGGACAACCUGUGUGGGUCAUGAGGGCACAGCAGGCUGCCCAUCUCGCCAACACCCUCCCCCGCCUCCUGCUCGGUCUCGGCCCUAUUCUUGCUCUGUCUGUGGAAAGAGGUUUGCACUCAAGCAUCAGAUGGAGACGCACUACCGAGUCCACACAGGAGAGAAACCCUUCUCCUGUAGCCUCUGUCCUCAGCGCUCCCGGGACUUCUCUGCCAUGACCAAGCACCUGCGGACACACGGGGCUGCUCCCUACUGCUGCCCUCUGUGCGGGGCCGGCUGCCCUAGCCUGGCCUCCAUGCAGGCGCACAUGCGCGGCCACUCGCCCAGCCAGCUCCCGCCCGGAUGGACCAUACGAUCCACCUUCCUCUACUCUUCCUCCUCCUCAUCCUCGAGGCCGUCCCAGGCCUCCACCUCUCCUGGUAGUGCCUCCUCCACCACCACCUGACGGUGUGUUGGUAGGUCCUUUGGCCUCAGACGAAUCCAAUUAGAUUUAGCAAAUCUGACUUCAGAAGCGCCGCAGGACAGGCGCCGAGAGCCCUCUCCCGGAUGACUGCGGGUUACAGAGGCCUGGGUCAGCGAGCUCCUGUGGGCUGAAAUUCGCACGAGUGAGGACUAACUGUAUGGGAACUGUUGAUUUUAUCACCAUAAUAAAGAGUUUCCUGUGCUCUCUGGUCUGGACAGGAAAGCCGAGCGCA